UCUGAUUUGUCCGCGGCGCCUGGCUAUAUGAUAAUUAUCUUUAACAAGCUGUAAAAUAGAAAAAAAAAACAUUUUACAUGAACAGGUAUCUUUAUCUUGUUCUAACAUUUUACUUCCUCCUUCUAUGCCUUUUUUACCCAUGUUGCAGUAGCGUGUGAAAACAAUAGCUCACGUGACCAGACAACUUCUUCCCAUGAUCCUUCAGUUCAAACUCAGACAGCGUGCGGAAGGUGUCGACAACAACAGCGGUCCUAGCGAAAUGGCGUCUGCGAACUCAGUAUCUGCAGGAAAAAGUUAUGCUGCGAGUGACGAUUUGUUGUAUGCUGCUCAGACUGGUUCGAUUCAAGGCGUUAAGGCGGCAUUGAAAGCUGGUGCUGACAUUGACUUCGACCUGCAAGACAGCGAGAACUCAAGAAGUGGCACAGCAUUGUACAUCGCUUCCGCGAGGGGACAUGUAGACAUGAUGAGACUACUGCUCCGCAAGGGGGCGUCUUUGGUGAAGAGAACCACGGGUGAAUUAACUGCCCUCCACGGAGCAGCGGUCGAAGGGAAGACAGAAGCUGUUCAACUGUUGGUGUACCAUGGAGCAACAUUAGACGUACGGGACGCCUUGCAGUGCACACCACUCAUUCUGGCCUGUUCCAACAACCACGUCGACACAGUUCGGCGACUGAUUGAGCUCGGGGCCAGGCCUGAUUCGACCUGCUGUAUAGCCAAGAGGAUGGGGUUAGAGGGCGGAAACCAGGUCUAUGCGUGCCGCGAGAGUAUUAGGCUGAUACAAGAGGCGAGGAAGACCAAGCUGUUGAGAUGCUGCAACCCUAAAUGCGGCAAACCGGGCUACAGGAAAACCCUGAAGCUGUGUGCCGGGUGCAAGCUGACCCGCUACUGCAGCCGUGACUGUCAGAAACAACACUGGUCUGUCGGACACAAGAAGUGCUGUGGGCAUGACUCGUGCCCUGCCAUUGGACCAGAGGCCCUUAAACAGCUGCUUAUGUUAGUGCCGGAUAAUGUCAGAGAGCAAAUUCACAAAACUAUGUAUGCCGAACUUUUUGGAUGAUGACCUUAACAAUUGGUGAAAUUCCUUUAAGCGCAUAUUGUCACUACAAACAUGUCAAAUGUAUCGUUAAGUUAAAGAGAUUUAUUAGUCACGUAUAUAUGCAGUUAAUUGACUUUUCAUCAAGCAGUGACUACUUUUUAAAGGUACCUCCAAAUUUUCGAUGGCUAUCAGUCCAUCUUACUUAUGGGAGACUCAUAAGUGUCAUUUUCAUUCUCGCUGAAUUGUCUUCUACCUUAUAAAAGUAACCGAUCCGACCGUUGAGUUGCAAUGUGAUUGCAAUGAACUGGAACGUGGAUGUAAAAACACGAUGAAGCGUUUUGCCAUGAACUUGUAUUCCAGGUGAAUAAACACAACUACAAGUAAAAAAUAUGUCUCUUAAUAGGCCGAGUACUUAUACACGAAUACAACGAUAUAUACUCGCAGGUUUAGCAUCGUUUUGUAGAGAGCGAUAAUUACAAUGACUAUUCUAAUCAGUCCAAUUUCAUUUAUGACGUCGCGGUAAAAAAUAUUAGUGCGGCAAACAUCUUGAGCUCUUCUAGAAAUACAAAUGUCUAAAACGCACAGAAUACAUCAAAAGCCAGACGUAGCCUAACCUUUGCUUUGAGCUACAGAGGUCCAUAUAAGACUCGGUAAUAAUGGUUAUUAAGAAAUUCAUAUCACUACAUUCUCAGCCCAAAGGCUGAAUCGGAGUGCUCUGAAUGAAAAAUAGUUAUAUCUAAAAACUGUAAAUAUAGAUAGGCAUGUUACGAUCAAUAUUAUUGUUCUAAAACAUUACCUAAUCAAUCUCGAAUCAGUGCUCCCUCAAAAUAUAAACGCCACCGCUCAUUAGCUGAAACACGAAUGAAAAUGUAACCGUAACAAUCAUACUGUGACGCUGAUCUAGCAACAGAUAGAAUGGAAAGUAUGGUAACUGCAAAGUCAUUUCAAAAUUCCUAAACCAUGUUACAUGUUAACUUACUUGAUUAAAAUGUCGUCUACACGAUUAACCAAAUGAAAAAUGUUAUAUAAAACCGUUUGGCAUUUUAGAAUUCUAAAAAGUUCGAAAAAAACAACAAAGCUUUGCAACAAAAUUUUGUAACAUACAGAGACGAUAGAGUCUAGUAUCACACCAAUAGUGAGAAAUAGAUGAAUGCUAAGGUUUGCCAGCAUGCCAUUCAUUAUUUAAUACUACAUUUGAUAAGGAAAGAAGACAAAUGUAACAGAUACAAUGUAUGGCUACUUGUACUUACAUGACAAUCUAAUUAUAUGCAUUGCUAAUAUCUAACAAUUCUAAAAACCUAUUAUAAUAUAUGGAUAACACUAGAAAUAAUUAAGCUCGCAUUUUGCAUACUAAUACUCUAGAACAGUAUGCCGUGACGAAAGAUAGUGGAUACCUUCGGAAACGUCUGGCCGAUUCCAAAAUCAUAUCUAGUUGCUUGAUUAACUGCUUUUUUAAUAUCUUAUUGUUCAAUUUAUUGUCAGGCACCAAGACCCAUAAGGACAAACAAUUAGACGAUACAUUUAAAUGAACAAUAAUCCAGUACAUAAAAUCAAAAGGCAGGGUUUACACUGUAACUCGUGCAGGUGGUCUGUGUACUUGACAGUAGCUCUUCCAGAACAUACUUGUAGUAAUAACAUAGGAAUCAGAUAGAACUGUGAUAAUGUCGUUAUUACUAGGUGUCUGAUCUUCAUCGGCGUAUCUCUAGAACAGUAUGUUAAUAACAGUAUGUUAAGGUAAGGGCCCAACCCGCCGCACGUGCAAAUACGUGCUGUGUACGUGCCAAAAGGUGGGUAAUCUUUUGGUGUCCGUAAGUGGUAAGUACUGUCUCCGUACGAGCCCGUAUGGAAUCCGACGGAUUUUGGAGCACGCAGACAGAAAUUUAAGUGCACGCAGAACUUUCUCUGCGUUCGGGCUGCGGAUUCGCCCCCUCGUAC